AUGUUAAGACGACUCUACACAACGUUUGUGCCUCGGCAUGUUUUCCCAGAUUACAGGAUUGCUUUAACGGAUUUCAAGGGCCAUCAGAUGCGUGCUAUUCAGCGAUUUCAGCAAUUACUCCCGCAAUUGAACCUGCUUCUAGAGCUGCGGGACUGCAGAGCACCUAUCAGUACCAGGAACGUUAUUUUCGACGACCUUAUGGUAAAUAGACGCGGUGACAAUACACAAAGGCUGGUGUUGUAUACGAAAUCGGAUAUGUGUCCGAAAGCCACGAUUGAUAAGUUGAGGACAUGGCAUGAACAAAUGGAUGACGAGUUCAUGACACUGGAUUGCCGUUCGACCAAGGAUGUGCGCAACUUGAUCAAGGUUCUAGAGUGGAAGUAUGAUCGGGUGGUGGAAAAAAGCUUGGGCCACGUUGAGAGAAACGAAGGGCUUCCUCUAGGGUAUCGCAUUUUAGUUGCAGGGAUGCCUAACGUGGGUAAAUCAACACUGGUGAACACCCUGCGAUUUGUAGGAUCGGCCAAGACCAAUAAUGCAAGUGAGAGCAUUCAUGGUUCGGUAUUGCACAAGAGACGGAAAGUCGCGCGAACGGGUGGCCAGGCCGGCGUAACGAGAGCAACCAGCGAGUGUAUCCGUAUCACAGAUCACAGAGGCGGGGUGUAUUUGUACGACACUCCUGGCGUUUCACUUCCGGGCCGAGUGACGACUCGUGAAAAGAUGUUGAGUCUCAGCCAGUGCGGAUGCGUCAAAAACAACCUGAUAGACCCUGUCAUUCAGGCCGACUACUUACUCUACGUGAUGAACCUACAAGAGCCUGCUGCUUAUUCGCAGUAUACCAAGGGGCUGCCAACCAAUAACAUAUACAAGCUUCUCGCAGGCGUGCGAAAGGCUACAGGCAUCAAAGAUGACAACGGUGCAGCCAUCCACUGGAUAGACAAGUGGCGGCAGGGCCAGCGCGGGAACAAGAAUAAAGUGUCCUUUGAUGUGGAAACGUUGUUGGACGACGAGAGCUUUUCAUACCGGGAGCUGGUGGAUCGAGAGUUGGACCAGCUGGGACCGUAG